GAAGAUGCUCUUAUAUACAGUCUACUCCAGCCUCCGGCCGGGCACCCAGCGUGCCUUUUCUUCUUCCAUCACAGCCUAGUGUGCGCUCUCUCUCGUGGGCACGCUUGGGCGACCGUCGUCGCCGCCGCCACCGUCGCCGCCUACGAUAGGUGGCCAGGUCUUCUUCGAUCUCUCCGCCGGAGACGAGCACCAUCAGGGUAUAGAUGUGUACGUCAAUGUCCUUUACCGGGUCCACCCCUGAUUAGCAAAUGGCUACGAUUCUGGUAUUGCGAUGUGUCUAGGGCCUGCCCUGGCAUGCUGACCUGAGCUGGGUAGCUGAUCCAUUUAUCGUUAGACUGUCGCGAUCUAUGGUUUAGGGUAAAGUUGUACAGCUGAUCAAUCAAUAGCUAGAUCGAUUGAGCCAAUGUCUGCACCUGACGUUGUCGGUUUUACUAGUUGCCAUAAUGGUGGAGCUAGAAGUUGCUUUGUUAUCUAGAGAAUAGGCUUGAUAGUAGCCUGUGAGUGAUGUAUUAUGCAAUGAAGCAAUGUGGCAUGUUUGAGGUUCGUAGUUAUCAGUUUCCAGUUAUUAUGUGGAUUAUGCUACAUUUGUCGUCAUGUUGAUUUUGUCUCGUUAGUCUAUGUGAAGUGAUGACAUACACGUGUGACGUAUGACUGAUUCUUUUAAAACCAUACCUUUUUCCUUGUGGGUCUUCAAUGAUUUCUUGUUUACGUAUUGCCAAUAAUGAACUGACUUUUUCUUAAGAACUGUUUUGCGUGAAAAACUAUGUAUUUUGUUGAAGAGUCAUUUUCUUUUUGACUAGCAAGUUCUGAUCAGAUAGGUGAGAAGUGCCACCUGUUGCUACUCUGUUAAUGAAAUAGUCAUGAGGACGUAGGGGUGUGAGGGAAGGUGUUGUUUGUUUCGUGUUCUUCACUUAGUUACAGAUGUGCAAUAUAUUAGCACACCAAGUUUCUGAGUUGCAGAUCAUUCGUAAAAGUUUAUUUGUUUACGUUUGAUUAGCUCAUGCCAUUGUUUUACACAAGUAUGAGAAUGAAAUGGGCAAAUCUACUAACUUAUUAUACACCUACAACAGGAAAUAAAAGUUCACUUGGUAUAAUUUGUAUUGUAAUAAACACUAUUUUGACGAACCAAUUUGACAUGUCAUUAGACCUGUUACUAUUACUGGCGAAGCCACCACCAUCCAUCCUUUUAUCUUUAGUCCUUUCGUUGGAUGAUUAGUCACACAGACAUGAAUUAAUAAUCUACAUUGAUUUUAUUAUCGUGGCUUUUAUAUCUAUGCAUGCUUAUUAAGGCGGUAAGGUGAGGCGUGGUGGCCCACCCUAUUCCAGUUGCCUAGGAGAAUCAGGUGCGCGGCGAGGUGACACCAUACACAUACUCUCACCUACAUCAGAGCAGGACAAACAUCAGGGCCGGAUCUAUAUAGUAAUUAGACAGUGUGGCCGCACCCAUACAAAAAUGAAAAACAGUGAUUAUGACCAAUAUUUUACCAUAUUCGCACCCUCAUGAUAAAAAUCUACACACCCACAAGCCAAGCGCACCCCCUCGAAUUUGCUAUAGCUUAGCCCCUGACAUACAUUGAUACAUAUACCUUUUUGCUGCCGGUUUUAGAGCCUAUGCACAAGCAGCCACCACGCACUAGCUAGAGCACAAGCAGAAUACCAUAUCAAAGAAAUAUAUCCAAAUCUGAGUCCAGGAACCAAGCAAGCAUAAAUAUAUUUCAGACUUUUGAACAGAGGAAGGAAAGGGGAAGAAGAGAAGAGGAAGGGAUUGCGAUGGAGAGCAAAGGAGGGGAGAUGAGGGUACUUGUGAACUGACGUGAAGGGUCCUGGGCUACAGACAGGGUAUCGAGCAGAGGAAGGACACACUAAGACACUAAGUCCAUGUAGAAGUGGAAGCAGUCAUUAAUCGACGAGGUAGACCAAUAGAGGUCAGAGGUUCGGAUUGGUGGGUGGAGGUUGGACAUCAGAGGCUGAUGGAGCAGAGGUUGGGGGCAACGUAUCAGUGGUGGUCAUGGAGUCACAGUAAGAGCUGUGAAUCGGUGGAGCGGAAGGGGCGGGAGUGGCUGGAUGAGGCAGGACUUGCCUCUGGAUUACAGGUGCCGCCGCCACCAUCUUCUCUUCCCUUUUCUCCUCUCUUUCUCUCCCCUUCUCCCAAUUAGCGAGCUGCAGGGAUGCUGUGCGUUCUCUUGGGAGGUAUAGGGCUAUAGGCGCAUGAUUUCCCAUCCACACGCUUAGCUCUCUCUAGUUUUCCCCAUGUGCAUAGCUCUGCGAACUUUUCCCUGCACGUGCAGCUGCUUUUUUGCUCAUGCGGCGUUGGUGCCAUACCUUGGUGACGACUUUUACACGUGAGUCAACGUCAUACACAGGGAGGUUACUAUUGGCAUGGCACUUUGAUUGGAAAGCACCUAGAUGCCUAGGCAAUGCCUUAAUAACCAUGUAUCUAUGCUCUAGCCUACCCAACUUGCUUGGAACUAAUGCUCUGUUUGGUUGCUUCUUGCUUGUCUUAGGAACUAGCCAUGCGAGGCCUAAGUCAGCCCAGUCCUGAGGCCUGGCCUGGUUGGAGCAAGCAUUUUGCUCAGUGGUUGGUUUGCCUACAGAGAUUAGCCCGUAUUACAAACGUUGUGUUUGAUUGUCUAGCUUGUAUUGGAUAUGUUGGUGACUGGUUUUUGUGGAGUGACUGUUGCUGAGAAGAGACCAAUGAUGCAAUCUCGUGAUGUUGAUAAAUAUUUGAACAAAGCUGACAACAUUAACCAUGUGCUCAUGAACUCUGGCGACAUUUCUAAAAUUGGUGGUCACUGCCUGCAUGGUACACAUGGUUUGGGGACUCGGCUAGAUUCUGAUGCUCAGAGCUCAUCCCCUGGAGAAAAUAUGAACAACAAAAUCAGAAGGCCCAUCGAAAUAUGUACCUUUGAUGCUCAAGGUCGGUGCAAGAAAGGAAAGAGUUGCAUCUCUCUUCAUGAAAGGGAGGGAUUUGGUUCUGCAAAGACUGGUCUGCUCGCACCAGCUGGUUCUGGAAAUCAUAGAGGUUCUGAAGGAGGUUCUCAAGUACAACAUAUAUCUGACUUGAAAGUGCAUCAGUUCAAGGAUUCAGAGGGUUUGUCAAAAGAUGAAAUGUGUCGGAAUCUUAUUUAUGCAUUUGGCAAAGAUAAUCAGAUGUCGGUACAUCUUGCUGGUAAACACAGCUCUCCCAUUCCUGGGGUUUCACAAAGGAUGCCCGUCAGCAUUGGUCAUUCAUUGGCUCAGAAUCCAUUAGUUCAUGAGAAGAACAACAAACGUUUCAUGGGACACCAUAUUGAUGUGGCUGCUGAAAACUAUUUGGAUGCUGGAGGUACCUAUCCAAGAUUAGAUGGAGGUAUUUUUCAGUUUGACAUAGACAAGGAAAGCAGUGUUAGUGAUUCCCAUGUCUCAAGAACUUACCUUUCAGAUUAUCCAUAUAAAUCAUUUGGCUUGUCUAUUUCAUCUGAUCCUCUCCAGCUCAGUGAGAAGCUGUCAGCAUAUGGUGGAGUGACAAAUACUAUUCCUAACAUACAUCAGAAAGAACAUCACUCAUGCCAUGCUUCAUACAGCUCACAUAGCUUAACAGGAUCCAGAAAUCCUUGCUUUGCUACCUCUGAACAUACUUUCGGUAGCCCAUCUCUUCUAGCAACUUCUCAUCUGGGAAUACAGUCCCAUCAUCUGUUCACAUCUGAUAUUGAGAAGGCUGAUCUCCAUAGAUGCCUUGAUGUUGGAAAGGGCUAUGGUACUUCUAGUUCUGGACCCGCAUUGCUUGUGAGCAGUAAACCUGAACCUUCUAUGACGCCAGUUGGGCCCCACUCUCCAAUUAAGAAUGAGGUCUGGGAAACAUCAGUGCCUUUUGUACCUUCUUUUAGUUUUCCUGAUAGCACAACAGCUUCAGAAAGUCAAUAUGAUCCAUUUGUUGACUAUGUUGAACCUCCUAAAGUUGGGAAUACAAAUAAUCUCAAGCCCUCCACUAUAUCCUGCAACAUUACAAGUCAGCAUACAGAUCAGUACGCAGUUACUGAUAAAUCCUUGAAUUGCAAUGACAAAUUGACCAGGAAUAUAACUGCCAAAGGAUCAAAUGAACCUGCUUACUUUAUUGCUCCUGAUAGAGGAUGCAGCUCUAGCCUGGAUGAUACUAUCAAGGUGAAAGCUUGUGACAGAAAAAAGGAUGCAGUUGAUUACAAUGAGAAAACAAGGGAUUUCCGUUUUCAUUUGGCAGAACAUAUAAAGGAGUUGGUCAAACCAAUAUGGAAAAAAGGUAAUCUGAGUAAAGAUGCUCAUAAACUGGUAGUGAGAAAAUCUGUCGAGAAGGUUGUGGACUCCAUUGAGCCAAAUCAAGUACCAACUACUGAAGAGUUGAUUACGAAGUACAUAGCCACAUGUGGACCAAAGAUAGAAAAACUUGUGAAGGCAUAUGUUGAUAGGCACAGUACAUGUCAUCCAACCAUCAAAUACAGCAGCUCUGAGAUGGGAGCUUGAGCUUAAUGGUGAUGACAGCUUGAACCUUCUGUCCUACCAAUCUGGUUAACCUUCAUUUGUAGGCCCAACAAGUUAAUAUUGGUAUGGCAGUCGUUUCAAAUAAUAUGUUUUGUAGCUUGAACCUGGUUGGUUUUGCAGACUUCAGUCUGAACUCCCUUAAGAGUAACUGGAGAUGGUAGAUUUUUAGUUUAUGUUUGCAUGUUAAAUGUGAUGUCAUCUAAUGCAGCUAAGAACAAGCUUAACUGCAUGUAUGGUUAUUGGUUAUCGAAUGUGUGUUAAACAACAAUGCAUACUCUUUUCUCCUCUUGUGCUUGAUGUAUUGUCCUGCCCCUUUUGUUUUGUAUUUUGUAUAAGUUGAGAAGUUCUCUUUUAUUUAGUGUUAUAGUGUUUGAAUAGAAGACACGUUCGUAAAGUGUGCCUACAUAACAUAAUUUAUAGUCAACUAUAGUUUACUAGAUGUUAUAUAGUUCAACACCGUGGCAAGAAAAAGAUUAGUAGGGCUACAAGGCCAUAUUAUUCAUUUUCUUAUUAGAUGUGCACUAAAAUACAAUAUCAAAACAGAGGAAGAUGGGGGUAGAAUAGCUUAAUAUCAAAUAUCAAACUAAAAAAGCAAGGGAUGACCAAUACUUUGACAAGGGGCAAUAUUGCAAGUGAGGAUGUAAAGAGAUACGACCUAGCCACAUGAUAACCUAGUUUCUAGACAGAGAGUGAACAUAGAUUAGUAAUAAACAUUCUACCUCAUUGUGGAACCCUACACAACAUAUGAUUGUGACGUUUACGGUAUAGGCCCUUAUCAUGUCAUGAUGAAGCUUUUGUUGGAUGGAUGGAAUGUUUUCAAGUCGGACGACUUGCUGGUCGUUCUGGCUGUCCGACUUGGGCGAUUAAUCAUGAUUGGUCCAAACCAUUUUGGACGAUUAAUCGCGACUAAUCGCGAUUAAUAGGAUGACCUGAAAACAUUGGAUGGAUGUUGACACGAUAUUGACUAAGUACUUGAAAGUUGAAACGUCUUGAUGCUGGACAUGCCUCUACCUUCUUGAUAGAGGGCCACCACCAUGGCAUUUUGGACGAUUAAUCGCGAUUAAUCGGACGACUUGAAAACAUUGGAUGGAUGUUGACACGAUAUUGACUAAGUACUUGAAAGUUGAAACUUCUUGAUGCUGGACAUGCCUCUACCUUCUUGAUAGAGGGCCACCACCAUGGGCAUUUUUCUCUAUGGCCAAUGGAUGUUCCGUUGUUUUAACUUUAACUCCAUCGAAUGUGUCAUUGUUUAACUCUUUGUAUUACCAUUGCAUAAGUUUAUUUGGUUGCUCCUUUUUUUUUCCUUCCACUUUGCCUUCGCUUGGGUUUGGUUAUCGAUGGUCCUAUCCUUAUUGAGUAGCUAGACCUUUCUCUCUAGCUUGCCAAACUUGUGACAAUUUUUUCUUGAACAAGCGUGAAAUGUGUGUCAUUGCAUUAAGAAAGUUUGUUACAACCAGUUAGUUUUCCAAAUUAGAUUUAUUCUAGUGUUUAAUAAAAAAGACCACAACCCAUGACACUAUCAAGGCAUCAGAGGCGAGUUAGCCUACAUCUGUAAUGAGGGGGAGUCAUUCUUGAAGAUGACAAAAAAUGACUACAACCCAUGGUACUAGCAAUGCUUUGUAGGUGAACAUCUUACAUCCUCUGUAAGGGAGGAGCCAUUCUUGAAGAUGACAUUGGUCUGAUGGUUCCAAAUUGUUGAGACACCAAGAACCACUCAAAUUUCCUUAUGCAUGGCCGUUGCAAUAUGUUUCUUCCCAUCAUGCUGAUCAAUUCUAGAAUGAUGAGGGAGUUGUAUCCCUUGUGCAUGUCUAUACCUAAUAUCAAAGUAUAGAACAUUUCCAUGCUCCUUCACUCCCUCGUGUCAUA